AACUUAAAUAAAACGUUGUUAUACAGGCAUGCUCUGGUAAUCGUAACUUUUUCUAUUUCGCAAUUUAUUUUUCACUGCACUUUGAUCAUUUAAGUAAUUAAAUUCAAAAGCAAUAUUUACAAACAACCCUCCCUGGUCCUCCUUUAAAUUAAUUAAUUAAUUCUUUUAUAUUUUAUAAGUAUUUUUACCUGCCUGUUUCGUUCCACCACCUGAUCUGAUUUGAUAUAAAAAAAUAUUUACUUUUCAUUUCAACCAUACCAAAUUCAAAAAUUUCAAACGAAUUCGGAAACCGAAAAAUCGGUACAUUCGAUAUAAAAUCGAUAUCGUAAAAUUCUUACGAAAUCGAUUACCGGAGCAUGCCUGAUGCUUCCACUUUACAAACGAUUACAUUCCACGUGGGAUUUGCUUAAAAGCCUAAUUUCAGCCUAACCGAACCGUCAGUGUUGAACAUUUGGAUUAAAUAUUCUAGAUAAAAUGGAAUUCAAUAACCUUGCUGAUUCCGCACUUUCUACUUUGGUGGAAAACCAAAAGUUCUUCAAGGAAAUGUCAGAUUUCGUGUCCGAUUUCAGCGAUGGCGGGAAGAUCAAGAAGUUGCAGGAGCAGAGCGUUGGCAAGAGCAAGGAGCACGCCAAGAAUCUCCUCAAAAUGAAGAUCAAGCACGAAUCGCUCAAGAAGGCUAUGAAGGAUGCCAAAGACUCUAGCGCCACCAUUGAGGAGUUCGAGGAAGUCUGGAAGGAGCGCUCCGAAGCGGUGGAGAAGAAGCGCAUCAAUGUCAAGAACCUAGACGAGUUCAAGAACUUCGUGAAUGCGGUGGAAUCAGCAGCUGGCCAGGCAGGUGUGGAAGCCAAUGGUCAAGCGAAUGGCACCGGCCAUGAUGAGGAUAUUAUCAUGGAAUCCUCCGGUAGCGAGGUCUUCUCGCACUACGAUCCCUGGUCCAAGGUCCUGAUAAAGAAACCCAUGCGCAACAAAAUGUGUGGUCACAUCUACGACCGCGACUCGGUGAUGCCAAUCAUCAUGGACAACUUUGGCAUCCGCUGCCCGGUGCUCGGCUGUGCCAACAGGUCCUACAUCCAGCCAGAUCACCUGGUCGAGGACUCCAAUGUCCAGCAGAAGAUACAACAGCUCAUGUCCAACGUGAUCCUUGAUGGAAGUGCCUCGGAGGAGGACGAGAAAUAGUCAGAUAAUGAUUGUGCGCAACUCCGACCUUGUUGAGAAUUAAGAUAAUAAAA